AUGACAAACAUGUCUCAAAAUAUACCAAAGUUUUUUCUUAUUUAUUUUACUGCCGAUAAUACUACGAUUGUUCUAUCCAAAGAAGAUUUUAUUAAUUACAAAAGUGAAGGUUUAGUUGGCGCUACUGUUAAAGGCAAGUAUGGCAAUGAGAUAUUCAGUGGUAAAAUAUUAUUUGCCACUGAUGAUAAAAAAUUAGUUGAAUCAUAUACAACAGUAUCAACAUGUGCGUCAAGAAAACGUCAACGCGUUAGUGAAAUACCGUCAAAAUGUAUCGCGCUAAUAAAUCCUUCUACAAAUGAUGAAAUUUCUUCUUUACAAAGAAAUGUUAUUGAUCAGAUUAAUGCUUGCCCAAUUUUUCAUAAUUUAGAUCAAAAUGUCAAAGCGCUAAAUGACGAAAUGAAACAUUGUUUUUCAAGAUAUGAAUCAGAUCAAGGAAGCUACGAGUAA